CGCUUUGCAAUUUACGCUUUGACAAUGUCAAGGUCACCACCUGAUUAAAGAUGGCGGCCUCCAGUGAAAAUGCUAAAAAGCCUGCCCAAAUUCCGAAAUAUAUUAAGUUUCUUUUUGGUGGUUGCGCAGGUAUGGCAGCCACACUGUUUGUACAGCCUCUGGAUCUAGUGAAGAACAGAAUGCAGCUCAGUGGUGAAGGGGGAGCCAAGCGCCAAUACAAGACGAGUUUCCAUGCCCUGAAAUCCAUCAUUGCCAAUGAGGGGGUACUGGCUGUGUAUACUGGAUUGUCAGCAGGCCUGCUUCGCCAGGCGACCUACACUACGACCAGACUUGGUCUCUACACGUCCAUGUUCGAGUAUGCCACUAGAGAGGGGAAGAACCCCAACUUUGCAAUGAAGGCCCUGAUAGGCUGUACUGCAGGGGGUCUGGCUGCUUUCGUUGGUACGCCCGCUGAGAUCUCCCUCAUCCGUAUGACAGCUGAUGGAAGACUCCCAGUAGCAGAGCGUAGAGGGUACAAGAACGUGUUCAACGCCAUCUACAGGAUCAGUACAGAGGAGGGGGUCGCCACGCUGUGGAGGGGUUGCUGGCCCACAGUUGCACGUGCCAUGGUGGUAAAUGCAGCACAGUUAGCGUCUUAUUCCCAGUCCAAGGAAAUACUCAUAAACACAGGUUAUUUUGUGGAUGGCCUGUUCCUACAUUUCUGUGCAAGUAUGAUCAGUGGACUGGUUACAACUUUUUUCUCUAUGCCAGUAGAUAUUGCCAAAACCAGAGUUCAGAACAUGAAAGUUAUCAAUGGUGUGCCAGAAUACAAGGGAGCUGUUGAUGUAAUUGUGAAAGUUGUUGGCAAAGAGGGUGUGUUCAGCCUGUGGAAGGGUUUCACACCGUACUACGCCCGUCUUGGACCUCACACCGUACUCACAUUUAUCUUCCUGGAGCAAAUGAACGCGACCUACAAGCGCAUUGUUCUCAAAGACGAGAGUAAGGGAGGUGGAGGAUUGUAACAAUAGCGGGGAUUGU